CGUCUCCACCUCCUCCGCCUGCUCAGACACGCUGCUUAUGUCACGGCGGGUGUGUUUAAAGCCCCGUGGCUCGUGUUUCAGCAGCAGUUUGACUUCUCACCGAGCAGCAAAUGGCUCUCAGCGGUAAAGUGGCGGUGGUGACGGGGGGAGCGAUGGGAAUUGGACGAGCGAUAACGGAGACGUUACUGCAGAGCGGGGCCACGGUCGUUCUGCUGGAUGUGAAUGAAAGCGCAGCAAAGUCUUUACUGGACGACCUGCAUAAAGUGUACGGACGCGACAGGACUUUGUUCCUGAGCUGCACCGUCGAGUCAGAGGAGCAGGUGAAAGCUGCUCUGCAGAAAACCGUGGACACGUUCGGAGGAAUCGACAUCCUGUGCAACAACGCCGGCAUCCUGAACGAGGGCGAGUGGGAGAAAACCGUCUCCAUCAACCUGCUGGGCGUCAUCAGGGGGACGUACGUGGCUCUGCAGCACAUGAACAAGCUGACGGGCGGUCGGGGGGGCGUCGUCAUCAACACGGCCUCCAUGGCAGGUCUGGGGCCUCUGCUCAGCUGCCCCGUCUACACGGCCUCCAAACACGGCGUGGUGGGCUUCACCCGGGCCAUGGCGGCGGCCUCCAAAGCGUCAGACUACGGCAUUCGGUUCAACGCCGUGUGUCCGGGCUUCGUCCAGACUGACCUCAUCUCAAACACGAAACUGAAACUGGGGCAGUUCUCCCACCUGGAGGACGCGACCAAUCAGCUGAUGGCGGAGAUGAGGAUGCUGGCCCCGUCGGAGGUGGCCGCCUGCGUCCUGGAGCUGGCCACAGACGAGACCAAGAACGGAGAGGCCCUGAUGGUCUUCGCUCAAGGGAAACAAUACGUGACCUUUCCUACACUGUAGAAAGCAGGUGUACUGAGUGAAGCCUGUCAUUACAGCUUUAAUGUUGACAAUAAAAAGGUUUGCAAACAAAGGUCA